AUGGAGAUCCGACGUGCUUUGCCCCAGGAUUUCCGAGAGCUGCUGCACUGCCUGAAGAUGAGGAGCAAGUAUGCCGUCCUGCUGGUCUUUGUCGUUGGCCUCAUCAUCAUCGAGAAGGAGAACAACUUCAUCUCCAGGGUGUCGGACAAGCUGAAGCAGUCCCCGCAGGCACUGGUGGAGGCCAACGGCACAGAGACCAGCCCAGCACCGGCCGAGAAUGGCUCGCUGGCCUCGCUGCGGCCGAGAACGGCUCGCUGGCCUCGCUGCGAGCUGGACGCUGCCUUCUCCCAGCUGAGGUCCCACCUACGCAACAUCACCCUGCAGCUGGUGGGUGACGGCGACCUCCGGCCGCGGCGGCACGUCCUGCUGAUGGCCACCACCCGCACCGGUUCCUCCUUCGUGGGAGAGUUCUUCAACCAGCAAGACAGCAUCUUCUACCUCUUCGAACCCCUCUGGCACAUCGAGAGGACGGUGACCUUCGAGCCGGGGGGAGCCAAUGCGGUGGGCUCAGCCCUGGUCUAUCGAGACGUCCUCAAGCAGCUCCUCCUCUGUGACCUCUACAUCUUGGAGAGCUUCAUCUUGCCGGUGCCCGAGGACCACCUGACGCCCCUCAUGUUUCCGCUGGUGGAGGACCCUCGGCUGGACGUACGCAUCAUCCAGCUGGUGCGGGACCCGCGGGCCGUCCUGGCGUCCCGCAUGGUGGCCUUCUCGGGCAAGUACGAGACCUGGAAGAAGUGGGCGUCCGAAGGGGAGGCUCCGCUGCGUGAGGAGGAGGUGCAGCGGCUGCGGGGCAACUGCGAGAGCAUCC